AUAUCUGGCAACCCUUGGCACACCUCACUCUGUGUAAACACGUUUAGAAUCUGUAAUUAUGAACAAAGGCGAUCACAUGCAUGCUUUUGAAGAAGUUAAGUUGUGCUUAUUCAGUUAUUUUCCCUCUUGUUUUAUUGCUGCCGUGAUAUGUUUGUCGCUCGUUUAUUAAAACUCAGAGUCAGUCUUGAGGAAGCACUUUAAUUUUGCUCACAACAAAGUCACACCAGGGACAAAGGGCUACGCUCAGCGAUUCCCCCGGAAGCUGUUGCGGCCAUUUCCGACUCGAAUUUUGGCGGACUGUUUGACGAGUGACCGAUCCAUUGACGGUAAACAAGGAUCGAGUGGACUUCAGUGGCGACGAUGAUAUUGAAUUAAUUCAGCAAAGUACCAAGCUGUGCUAAUUGUUGAAGAAAAAUGAAGACAUCCCAUCUCAUCAUCCUGUGUCUUAUGUACUGUGGAUCUGUCCUUCUGACAUCAACCCAUAGCAUUUCUAUGAAAGACUGGACUAAACUCAUCCUGACUCACCACUGGCCACAAACAUUUUGCAGUAUGGAAAAAUGCACUGCAAACUUUAGUUACUGGACCCUACAUGGAUUAUGGCCUAACAGCGGUGCUGAAUGUAACACAUCCUGGCAUUUCAAUGCAAGUUUGAUUCAGGACCUGCUCCCAGAAAUGAAGACAUUUUGGCCAAAUCUUCUUAAUCCUGAAUCUGCAGUGUUCUGGAAGCAUGAAUGGACAAAGCAUGGGACGUGUGCUGCUAAAGCAGAGGCCUUGGACACUCAGCACAAAUACUUCGGCAAAGCCCUGGAACUUUACCGCAAGCUGGACCUUAAUGGUGUUUUAAAGAAGAGCGAUAUCAUUCCUUCUGAAAACUACUACAAGCUAACAGAUGUGGAAGGAAGCAUCAGCAAUUCGUAUGGCGUAAUCCCAAAAAUUCAGUGCGUUUCCCACAAAAAGGAAAGCGAGUUCCAGAUGUUGGGCCAAAUAGAGAUCUGUUUUGAUAAGCAGUUUCAACUUAUCGACUGUGAAAAGAACACAGAGAAGCUUCAGAGCCGAGAAAGUCUGAAGUUUUUCUUCGACGGACACCCAGGAUUCAGUGUGUGCGAUGCCUCUGUGCCAGUCUACUAUCCUCCACUAAGAAGCUCACUGCAGACACCAGGCUUUCUUUAAACUGUUGAGCUUGAUAUGAUGAAAUCCGAUAUGAUGCGAUCGUAAUUUAAUCCUUGUCCCGUUUGUGCCUUUUGAAAUAUGAAACUCUUGAGGGAACAGUGUUUUCUUGGCAGCCAAUUUAUAGUGCUAGUUUGAACAACCCACCGACCUCACAACAUGUCGGACCAGUAGACCUCCAGGUAUGGGCUUGUGAGUCUGUGCAUUCACAUUUCCACCACUGGAGGUCACCACCUGCACCGUCAAUAACUGGAGAAAGCUGAAAAGUGAUAAUGAUGUUAUGUAAUCGUGAUGUUAAGUUUUCACUAUGCACUCAUUUAGCUGUGGUCCUGGGUGAGGGGGAGUAAAUUAAAUGUGCAUUAGUGUAUCAUUAUUACCAAUUUUACCAACAUCAAACCCUUUUAAAACCCGUUCAUUAAAAGCAUACCAAGUUGUUCAUUUUGUACUCCGUGUUUAACAGUACAUUAGCAUAUCAGCUGCAGUAAUUUCCUUCCUCAGCCAUUUAAGAGGAUGCCAUGCAACUGAGCCUUUAUAGACAAUCAUUUAAGUUCAGAAUGUUAGGAAACCCAUAACCCACUGUACUGUAAUGUAGUCUGGCUUAUUACAAAUUAUAAGCUGCAUUGCUGGUUAUGAUUAUCAACGUUAUCUCUCUUAUAGAGUUUCUAGCAUUUUCUCCAUACUGAAAAUCUUGGAGAGCUUUAUUUUUAUUUGUGCAAUUUUUAAUCCAAUGUAAUAGGUCUGAAUUAAAAUAAAAAAUUAACUUGUCCCUUA